AUGAAGAUCUGGUGUCCUUCAGGGACCACCGUCAUCCUCUGUCAGGUCCCGAUGAGCGCGGAUCGCAAACCCUCUCGCCGCCUCCCCCAUCAGACUCUGCUCUGGGACCUCGCAAGCCCGGCUCUGAGCCCCUCUCCGCGGAGCUGCCUCCCCGAAGUUCCCAGCAGACUCCCCCGGCCUCCACCCUGCAAGCGGUUGGGUCAAGAGGGUCUCGCCACUUGGGGCUUGGCCUCCGUAUUCUCAAGCCGAACGUCCCGGAAGUCAGCCCAGCGCGCCAAGGGCGACGGUGCCAUGGCGGACAACGGGGGCUACCGGAACCCUACCGAGGUGCAGAUGAGCCAGCUGGUGCUGCCCUGUCACACCAACCAGCGCGGGGAGCUGAGCGUUGGGCAGCUGCUCAAGUGGAUCGACACCACGGCCUGCCUGUCGGCCGAGAGGCACGCUGGCUGCCCCUGCGUCACCGCCUCCAUGGACGAUAUCUAUUUUGAGCGGACCAUCAGUGUCGGACAAGUGGUGAAUAUCAAGGCCAAGGUGAACCGAGCCUUCAACUCUAGCAUGGAGGUGGGCAUCCAGGUGGCUUCUGAGGACCUGUGCUCUGAGAAGCAGUGGACCGUGUGCAAGGCCUUGGCCACCUUUGUGGCCCAUCGGGAAGUCUCCAAGGUGAAGCUGAAGCAGACCACCCCACAGACAGAGGAGGAGAAGACUGAGCACAGCGUGGCGGCUGAGCGGCGGCGCAUGCGGCUGGUCUAUGCGGACACCAUCAAGGACCUCCUGGCCAACUGCGUCAUUCAGGAUGAUCUGGAGAGCAGAGACUGCAGCUGCAUGGUGCCGGCCGAGAGGACCCGCGUGGAGAGCGUGGAGCUGGUCCUGCCCCCCCAUGCCAACCACCAAGGCAACACCUUUGGGGGCCAGAUCAUGGCCUGGAUGGAGAACGUGGCCACCAUCGCAGCCAGCCGGCUUUGCCGUGCCCACCCUACGCUGAAGGCCAUUGAGAUGUUCCACUUCCGAGGCCCCUCCCAGGUUGGGGAUCGCCUGGUGCUCAAGGCCAUCGUGAACAACGCCUUCAAGCACAGCAUGGAGGUGGGCGUGUGCGUGGAGGCUUACCGCCAGGGCGCUGAGACCCAACGGCGGCACAUCAACAGCGCCUUCAUGACCUUCGUGGUCCUAGAUGCGGAUGACCAGCCUCGGACUCUGCCCUGGAUUCGGCCCCAGCCUGGGGACGGCGAGCGGCGGUACCGAGAGGCCAGUGCCAGGAAGAAGAUCCGGCUGGACAGGAAGUACAUCGUGUCCUGUAAACAGACAGAAAUGCCCCUCUCUGUCCCCUGGGACCCUAGCAACCAGGUGUACCUGAGCUACAACAAUGUCUCCUCCCUGAAGAUGCUCGUGGCCAAGGACAACUGGGUGCUGUCAUCGGAGAUCAACCAGGUCCGCCUGUACACCCUGGAGGAUGACAAAUUCCUGUCCUUCCACAUGGAGAUGUUGGUGCAGGUGGAAACAACCCAGGCCUUCAUGCUGCUCUCAGACCUGCUUCGGAGGCCCGAGUGGGACAAGCACUACCGGAGCGUGCAGCUGGUGCAGCAGGUGGAUGAGGACGACGCCAUCUACCAUGUCAUCAGCCCUGCCCUUGGUGGUGACGCCAAGCCCCAGGACUUCGUGAUCCUGGCCUCUCGGAGGAAGCCUUGCGAUAAUGGGGACCCCUAUGUCGUUGCGCUGAGGUCAGUAACGCUCCCCACACAUCCCGAGACACCAACAUACAGGCGCGGGGAGACCGUCUGCUCAGGCUUCUGCUUCUGGCGAGAGGGGGACCAGCUGACCAAGGUGUCCUACUACAACCAGGCGACUCCAGGCUUUCUCAACUACGUGACCACCAACGUGGCUGGUCUCUCUUCUGAGUUCUAUACCACCUUCAAGGCUUGCGAGCAGUUCCUCUUGGACAACAGGAACGAUCUGGCCCCCAGCCUCCAGACCCUCUAGGCACCCUCAGUGGCCACCCCCUGCCCACUCUCCCCCCACCCCGCCAUCUGGUCCCCAGGGAUACAUGUGCAGUGCACCAAGGAAGGCAGGGGCAUUUAUUCCUUUCCGCCUCCCCCGUGGGAAGCCUUAACUCAGAUGUCCACCUGCCCAGUGCCACCGGGCGCUCAGUUCCUGCCAACAUCCUCCAGCAAGGCUUCGCGGAAGCUGUGGGGCAGUCUGUAGUAGCUCCGGGUCUUGUCCACGGCCCUGGCUGCCAGCAGCGCCGCCCGCACGGAUGCAUAGCUGUCCCCCAACGGGCCGUGCGCCACCGUGACCGUGGCCCUAGGGGAGGCGGCCAGCAGUCUGGCCACAACGCCGGUCGUGUUUUGGCCCAGCAGCCCAGCCCGCAGCUGGAAGGACACGGGUUGCCAGAGGCCCCGGCACAGCUCCAGCAUAUCUUCAAGCAGCUGUUCGCUGUAGCCGCUGCCCAGCUUCUCCUCAGGCCAACCUGGUGCCACCGUCACGUGGGGGAAAAUCUCAGCCACAGCUGUAAGCAACUCCUUGCCGGCCAGGUGACCCGGCACCGCAAAACUGCCAUGGGAGACUGUGGCCCCGAUCCACACGGGCCGAGGCAGCUGGCCGAGGGCGGAGAGGUGGGCCAGCGUGGCCAGGGAGGGCCGGAGGGCAGAGGGCUCUGCUAUGUGCAGAUGGACACCCCAGUGGCCAGGACACCCAGCGAGCUGCUGCAGGCAGGACUCCAGCGUCAGGGCGGGAGCUCCUGGGACGUGUACGAUGGGCACCGGGUCCUUGGCCACAGGCUCCUGAAGGCUAACGUUCAGCAGGAUCAUGGCUUCUCUGUCUGGAAAAGGCAAUGCAGGCAGUCGUGUCAGGAGUUUGGGUUAUGGUGGGGUGUCAGGGGGUGACAGAGGCCCUGCUGAACGGGGUGGGAAAGGAGAAGCUGGCUCUCCAUCUGCUGAGAUUUGUUGGUUGGUCCAGGCUCUAGGAGGAAGGGUUGCUUUGUAAAUGUGCCCGGGGCGCAUGAGAAUGACAUGAUCAGCUGCUAACUCAGCUCUUGGCCUUUGACUGGGGCUCAGCCCUGGGGCCUGGGCUGGCUUCUCCUGCAUCAGAUAUAGCUCAGGGCUCAAGGGCACUGAAGGCUAGGAAUCCUGUGCUCUUGAUAUCAUUGUACUCCACCACCAGGGCAGCCAGCACGUUGCCAUGGUACCAGAGACCCUAUGUUCCUACCCCAAGCAAAGGAACCCCCCCACCCUGCCCCAGUUUAUCUAGGAGCACAGAGCUAAAGGCAGACCUUACCUGGGAGGCUAACUGUUGCUGCUCUUCCGUUGCCCUGGAUGUCAGGAACCAGCCACUCCACGCUCAGGCCGUCCCCCCCAGGGGACUGGAGAAGUGGGAUCAGGCUGCCUCCCGUGUAGUAAAUCUGCUUCCGUGUGGCAUUUGCUGUGGGGCCCAAAUUUCAAGAUGAAGUGGCCACCACUCACAGAGUGCCUUCUGUGCACCCUGUGUCUGCAUACGUUCUAAGCCUCACAGCAACCCCCCAGGCUUGCUCACUCCAAUGGACUCCAUUGGAGAUUAUAAGAUUAUUGGACCUUGUGGCCCAAGGUCCCGCAGCCAACGAGCAGAUUGCUGGGGUUGGAACCCCAUGGAGCCAUGUGUGCCUGGCCCCCAAGCUGGAGCUCCCCCUCCCGUCACCUAGAUGGCACCUGUGCAGGAAUGUUGAGUCUGAUGGGUUCCCUUGGGGAUGGCUUAACUGCAGGCCCUCCUAGGUUCAGGGUCAAGGGAGUGAAGGGUUUGGACAAGGGAACGGUAGCAUCUGGGUCACUGAUUAGUGGGUACAGUGGGGUGGGGCAGUCUCUGAGGAACUAUGCUGUAAGGGAAAAGUACCUGGGGUUUGGGAUUUGCUGGGUUCCAGUCUAAGCUGUGCUAUGCACAGGCAAAUGACUGUGUAGAUUACUUAACUGCCCUGCACAUCAGUUUCUCCAUCUAUAAAACAGAAUCACGGCUCCCUGGAUAGGAGGCUUGCAUAGCAAACCAUACUGAGGUCUGGCACACAAUAGGUGCUUAAAAGGAUUCCUUGACCCAGUUAGACCCAGGAUUUUCCCCUUCCGAUGCCUCACCCCCUCCAGCUCUGCCUCGUUGUCCACCAAAUGCUGCUCUGUGCAGAAUCCAGGCCCACCCCCUUCCCGCCUGCCCACACCCCUCCCUACCAGCCAGCUGCUUGAACUGCGACAGGACAGGUUCGAAGAGAUCAUAGUAGAUUUGGUGAGAGGCACUGUUGUCUCGGACAUAGAGGAGAUCGUCCACCGACACGGGGUCCAAGGCGCCCUGCCACAGCGUCAGGCUGUACCUGGAGCCCAGAGAGCCAGCUCAGUACCUGCCUGGGCCCAGCAGGGUCCUCAGCCCCACCCCUGUGCUCAGAACUGGACCCUAGGCGAGGCAGGAAUAGAGCAUGUGACCUCCAGCUUCCCACCAGCCCCUUCUCCCUGAGAAGGACCUGCUUCUCAGGGGCAGAAAAAGCCACAGGGGCCUUCAGGAAUGAAGAGUGACAGCAGAGGCUGAGAAGGAUGGCGCGGACGGCUUGCCCUGCCUCCUCACUCAGAAUUUCUGUUCCUGGUCUUAGGAAAUGAACAAGGACAGAAAGGCAUGGAUACAGGGCAGCGAGGGAGAGUUAGGUGUGGAGGGGGGAGGCGACAGCCUUGGGACUCCCACGGGAAGUAGCUGAGGAAGUGGGGCUGGGCAGCUAGGAACAGACUGCAGGAGUGCACAUGGGGAGUCCCUUAACUCCUGCAGGACGAUCCUGGGCAGAGGUUGAAGGUGCAGGCUGUGUGGGCCCGGGGCACCCCUGGCUCCCAUGGGCAGAAGACUUUCCAUCAGGUGGAUGUUAUCUACCAAUGGACUAGCUGCCUCAAGUGGUAGUGAGCAGCCUGUCACCAGAGGUAUACAAGCAGAAAUCAGGGAGGUAGUAGGGGAUUUGAGCACCAGCGGAUAUUAGACAAGUAUGUUUAAGCGUCUGGAGGCAUCCGUGCCUGGGGGUGGGUUUGGUGGCUCAGGGGCUAAGGCCUGGGAGUUUUCACCUCUGGGAUUGGCCCAGCAGCCAGCUGAAGUGGGGCCAGGCAGCCCGCACCAUGACAGCCCGCACAGGGAAGGUGACCUUCUGUGGCAGUGCUCCCACCAGCCCCUGCAUCUUCUCCACCAUGGCUCGGGUGUACGUUCUGUUCGGGAACAGGGGCACAUAGAGGGUGGUCCAGCCCGGAGACAGGGUGGCCUCAGGAUAGUUCUCCUGGACCAAGGCCAGGAACCUGCAGAGAAAUCAGAGACACAGGUCUUUGAGAGCCUUGCUGGCCCCUUCCCCAUCUCCUGGGAUCCCAUCACCGUGCUACGAAAUGGCAAGGCCUGGUGAAUAUAGACUAUAAGGACAGGAGCAGAGUCCUAAAGAACAGAAGUGACAUAUUUACGUCCUAUAAAUAAGGCAUGGACUUUGGAGUCAGGGCGGUCUAGGUUUAGGUCCCGACUCUGUAACCUUGUGCAGCUCAUUCGACAUCUUUGAUUUCAAAGGUGGCGUCCCUUCUGGUAGGGCAGGGGAUGCAAGCCAGGGCCCCUGGAUGUGGGGAUUUGGACUCUGCCAACUGUGAGUCUCCAAAGCUUCAGAUUUUAUUUUUAAAUUUCAUUUAAAUUUUGCCCUGAUAGAAAUUUUAAUAGAGAAACAAUGUUACCCCGUCCUUUCCCCAACCUAUUGAGUAACAUCAACACUCCAAACAGCCAUAUUUCUCUUGGGGCCACUGACUGCAUUUUCCCAACUGCUGCUUUCCAAAUGGACCUCAAAUGAAUACAGGAUGGAUGGGUUGUUGGCCGGCUGGCUGGACAGAUGGAGAGAUGGAUGUUAGAAUCAGAAAGGCCUGGCUUUGGACCUUUGUUUUGCAAUGAUGAGAGUUAGGCCAGUAGUAUAACUUCAAUGAGAUCAUUCUUCUGUUCAUAAAGUGAAAAUAAUAGUACCUACCUCAUUCUCUUGAUAACACAAGUACCUUUUGAAACAGUGACUAGGCACAUAAUAAACAUUCAAUAAAUUGA